UCAGUAUGUCAAGUCGUCCAAUGGCGGGGCCGAAUGUUGCGGGUUCAAACAUGGCGGCUCCCAGUUACAGUGGAUAGGUGUUUUUUUUUUCUGUACAAUAAAUCAACCGGUCGCGAUUCACCUCGUAAUCCCUGCAAGCCGGUAAUGUGGGGAGAAAAUGGCGAGCGACACAGGGAGAAAGCAGUUCUGGAAGAGGAACGUCGCUAAAAUGCCGGGAAGCAUUCAGCAUGUGUAUGGAGCUCAGCAUCCACCUUUUGAUCCACUGUUGCACGGAACACUGAGCAAAACAGUUCAAAAGAUUCAAACUACACCUGUGAAAUUGAAAAAAGUCUCUACUUUUCAAGAAUUUGAAAGCAACACAAGUGAUGCCUGGGACGUUGGAGAGGAUGAUGAUGAACUUAUGGCAAUGGCAGCAGAAAAUUUAAAUACUGAAGUGGUUAUGGAAACUGCUAACAAAGUGAUUCAAAACCAUACAAAAUUACAGGAACAGAACAAAUUUCAGGAGACCCAACAAUUGGAAGACAGACCUGUGAGACUUGAAGAGCUUCCCGCCUACAUUAACAGUGACAGUAAAAUAGUAAAAUCAGCCAGUGAAAGUCAGAUUCCUAAUCCAUCAGGUGAGAGACAUUCCUUGCAGAGACAGCAAUCAGUACCUCACCAGCCAUCUGCAAUGCCUAUGGGCAAGUCAUCCGACCAGGUUUGCUUGAACACUGCUGGGUUAUCAGAACGAGAAGCUUUCCGCCUAGAAAAGUUUAAACAGCUUCUUGCGGGACCAAACACUGACCUUGAUGAGCUGAGGAAGUUGAGCUGGUCUGGAAUUCCAAAACCUGUCAGAUCCAUAACCUGGAAGUUACUGUCUGGUUAUCUUCCAGCAAAUGUGGAAAGAAGGGAUGGUACGCUGAAAAGAAAGCAGAAGGAGUAUUUUGCCUUCAUAGAACAAUACUAUAACUCAAGGAAUGAUGAAGCAAAUCAAAGCACUUACAGACAGAUUCAUAUAGAUAUUCCUAGAAUGAGUCCGGAGACCUUGAUUCUUCAGCCAGUCGUUACUGAGAUCUUUGAAAGGAUUUUGUUUAUAUGGGCAAUUCGACAUCCAGCCAGUGGAUAUGUUCAAGGGAUAAAUGACCUUGUUACACCAUUCUUUGUAGUAUUUGUUGGGGACUAUGUUGCCGAAGAAGAAGAACUGGAAAAUGUUGAUGUUUCCAGUCUGCCCGAAGAGGUGCUGCGGAACAUCGAAGCUGACAGUUACUGGUGCAUGAGCAAGCUACUUGAUGGCAUUCAGGAUAACUACACAUUUGCACAGCCAGGAAUUCAGAAGAAAGUGAAAAUGCUGGAGGAGCUGGUUAGCCGCAUUGACGAACAAGUACACAGGCACUUACAUCAGUAUGAGGUUGAAUACCUGCAAUUUGCUUUCCGUUGGAUGAAUAAUCUUCUGAUGAGAGAAGUUCCCCUGCGGUGUACGAUCAGGCUGUGGGAUACAUACCAGUCUGAACCUGAAGGAUUUUCCCACUUCCAUUUAUAUGUAUGUGCUGCCUUUCUAGUGAGAUGGAGGAAAGAGAUUCUGGAAGAAAAAGAUUUUCAUGGGUUGUUGAUACUUUUGCAGAAUCUGCCAACAGUCCAAUGGGGGAAUGAAGAUAUCAGCGUCCUCUUAGCUGAAGCCUACAGACUAAAAUUUGCAUUUGCAGAUGCUCCAAAUCACUACAAGAAAUAACAUAUUUCAUUCAUUAUGUGCAACGUUUGAGCAUUGCCCCUCCUUAUUAAUGAUUUAUAUGAAUAUCUAUAAAUAUUAUAAAUACUUUUUUUGUCCAUUUUUAUCACAGUGCUAAAAUUUAUUGGAAGCAACAUAAAACCAUUACUGAAUAGGUGUAGGUGUCAAUUCUUCUGUAGGUUAUUCUAAGACAUGAACAUGCCAUAUACCAAAGAAGCAUAUUUUUAAUUGUAUUUACAAAGUACCAGUAGGAAUAAUGAUGUCAUCCCGCCUGUGAUUCAAAUCAUCAUGACAUGUGAUUGUUUUGAUAGGUGUGUCAAGUUUGAAUUAGACCUGCACAGCUUCAAAUCUUUGUAUUUCUGAAAAUAACUAUUUGGAACAUGUGAAAUGUACAGUACAGUAAACAUUAAAAUUCUUAUAAUAUAUUAACCACA